AUGUACCCCAUGUCCAUUCGAAUUGUUCCCCAUGUCUUGUUGUUGGUGCUACUUGUUUCGUCGUCGCCACACCGUGCAGCGGCGUGGCCAACGUGGCUCGCCUCACCGUUUACUUCCGCGCUAAGAAAGGAAGGUGACGCAGCUGGCAGUUCUGCCUGGGGGAAGUUGAAUAUACCGCCGCUCACUCUCGCAUGGCACAAAUCCGACUCCCACCGCAAACUUAACGUGGCUCAGUUGUUAGCAGAAGCUGAAGCCAGGGGUCGCAUAAGUCACUGCUGGAAAAGCGCUGUCGACGCGCUAAAAAAGGGAUGCACAUCGUUGCGCACGGACGACGGGGCACGCAGUCGCUUGGCGCUGGCGAUGGCUUCGUGCGACAAUGAGGCAGACGGGGGUCGCUGUGUGUGGCCUCGAUGCUCUUCGAAUGAGGACGUGCGGGAAUGUGUUCGCGAGCUGGACGACGCACAAUAUCUUGUGUACGUGCAAUACCGCCUGCACACAGACGUACUCUGUCUGUACAUUCAAGAGGAGGCGUUUCAGGAGCGUACUGAGGCGGCUGUGCAGGCGCUCUACACUGGUGCAGUGGAGGUUUCACAGGCGCUUCAGGCUUUGCAUGACUCCAGUGGUGAGCUACAGAUGUCUGUGAGGACGGCGGCCGAGCUGCAGGCGUCUAACCUUGCCGAAACACGGCGACUGUACGAUCAACUGCAGGACCUGAACAGUGGCCAGACGGCGGCGUUCGAGUCUCUGAGGGACUCCACGCAGCAGGUAAUGCGCUCCGUUGUGGAUGCUGGAUCGAGUCUGAGAAAACUGCACGUGGCACUUGGCGAAAGCACCGCUCAGGCUGCAGCGGCUGUCGCGGACGUGGCGCGGGAGACGGCAGCGUUCCAGAGCCGAACUGAGUUACACACUGCCAGCAUGUUGCACGCAAUGGAACGUGUUGAGAGGAUCCAACAAGCGCUGGUGGAUGGAACAGCAGGUCUCGGCGAAGCGAUGCGUGUCGCUGUUCUCCUGGCGGCAUUCGUGCUGUUUACCAUCCCUGCUCGCACCACUGCUGCACGGCUCCCAUGCAUAGGAGUGGUGGGGUCUGCCUACGCGCUUCGUCCGCUCGUGCUCACGGUGGGCAGCAGUGCCUUUCUUGUCACUGUGGCGGUUGUGGCAGGAGUCACUCUCGCCAUCUUUGCGUGCACGUACCGUUCCCCUGAACAUAGGCUUCGGCUGCUUCUGAGAGGUGAAAUGCGGUGCGUUCUUGACGACACACGAGGAACCCUGUUGGAGGAUGUCCGGCAGGUAGUGGCUGAAAGCGCCACAGCUGUGAUGUUCCGCACAGGCGUCGCACGAAGUGUUCAGCAGUGCGGAACCGAAAAAUCAGCGCUGCUCGUCAUUCCUGAGGUGCCGUUUGAGGCAGCCGAGUGUGACACUCCGCCAACAGUGGCAAAACCGCGGCGGAGGACGGCCAGUCGAACACGUUCGUGUCUGCGCUAA